CGUACAUGCACAUACACUGACCAAAAUGGGACUCCGUGUGGAAGUGGAGAUGUUGGCGGUUCUGCUGUUGCUGACCCCACUCAUGAGCGAUGGCCUGGUGGUGCCCAAGUGCGAGCUGAUGAAUCUGCUCAUGUCUGCUGUACCUGAAGAUGUGGUGGACCGUGAAAAACUGGUGGCAGACCUGGUGUGCCAUGCAGAUAUGACGUCGCACUUUGACACCAGCCGCAUCAAUCAGGUCCCUCCACAGGAUCGCCCUAGAGAGCGCAAGACCAGAGGUGCUCCCAAAACUCCCAGACUCCCUACAACCACUAAACCCCCUGCUAAACCCACCACUAAAGCUACCACUAAACCCCCUGCUAGAACCACCACUGAACCCAUCCCUAACCCCCCUCCUAAAGGCUCUGGUGGAGCCACCACUAACCCUCCUCCUAAAGGCUCUGGUGGAGCCACCACUAAUUCCCUUUCCCCUAAAAUGAUGGAGUCCACUCAAGCUCCAAUGCCUCAUGAGCCCACCAACCAGACUGAUGAAGAAAUGCAUCCUCCCUCCAACGAUUCGGCUACUGGUCAUGUGACGUCUCCACCACCACCACCACCACCUCCUUUCGGUCCCCGUACCAGAAGAGGGAUAGGCGGACUGUGGACCAUGUAUGGAGUGUUCCAGCUGUCCGAUCGCAUUGCCUGCACCUCACCCGGAAAACCCAGCUUAAACAUCUGCAACCUGUCCUGCGACAAGCUGACUGAUGAUGACAUCACUGAUGACAUCAACUGUGUCUUGGCCAUCCUUAACUACAAGAUUGACAGAAAGGGAAACCCUGAUGUUAAUGAUGAGUCUAACAAGCAGUUCAGGACAAUGGUCGACAUGCUGAGGAACACUUGCCCCAAGAUUGACUACACCCAGUACUUUGCUGAUUGUUAAACAUGCGUCCAAUGCAGUGCGCUACACCUGACCAGACACUUAGCUUUCUUCCUGGGCAGUGACGGGGGUGUAUUUCUAGGGCUUGCCUUAUGUUCUCGAAACGAGUGAUAAACGAUUGUAUAUAUAGCCUGUAGUGUACGAGAGCAUGAAUUGUUCAGUUCCAAGCAGGAACGCUGACAGUAGUGAUGUACCUGCAGAAGUAAAAUACUAUUUUUUGGUUGUUUUAAUGCAUGCUUUGAAAAGGGGGAAUAAACCUUUCCUAUUCCUGCUAUGAUACAGAGAUAAAUAUAUGUUUAACAUAGAUUCAAUA